GAGUGUGUAGUCCUCUCUCUCUCUCUCUCUCCACCAAUUUCCCGGCCUCCGCGAUUUUGAUUAGUAGCGCCGGACCGGAGAAGAUAAAACCCUAUCUCCGCCGCUCAAAGGGACUUCCACUUCAUCCUAACUACUCGCGCGUCGUCGUAUUCUCAUCCCUUUUCCCUACGAUGAACUGUGCAAUUUCUGGAGAAGUUCCCGAGGUGCCUGUGGUUUCAACGAAGUCAGGUUUGCUCUUCGAGAAGCGAUUAAUCGAGAGCCAUAUAUCGGAUUAUGGGAAGUGCCCGGUUACUGGGGAGCCUCUUACCAUUGAUGACAUUGUUCCCAUCAAAUCUGGGAAGGUCAUAAAACCGAAACUAUUGCAUACUGCUAGUAUCCCUGGAUUGCUUGGAACGUUCCAGAAUGAAUGGGACGGUUUGAUGCUAUCAAAUUUUGCUCUGGAGCAACAACUCCAUACUGCAAGGCAAGAGCUAAGUCAUGCUUUGUAUCAGCAUGAUUCUGCUUGUCGCGUGAUUGCUAGACUUAAAAAAGAAAGAGAUGAAGCACGCCAAUUACUUGCAGAGGUUGAACGACAUAUACCUGCUGCCCCAGAAGCUGUGACAGCUAAUGCUCCUCUGAGUAAUGGUAAACGAGCUGCCGAUGAUGAAGAAACGGGUCCUGAUGCGAAGAAGUUGUGCCCUGGCAUUUCUGCUGACAUCAUCACGGAAUUGACAGAUUGCAAUGCUGCUCUCUCCCAGAAGCGCAAAAAGCGACAGAUUCCUGAAACAUUGGCUUCAGUAGAUGCUUUGGGGAGGUUCACUCAGCUAUCAAGCCACCCACUUCACAAGACCAACAAACCUGGCAUUUGUUCAAUGGACAUCUUACAUUCUAAGGAUGUCAUUGCUACUGGAGGAAUUGAUGCAACUGCUGUAAUAUUUGAUCGCCCUUCAGGGCAAAUCUUGUCGACACUGACUGGUCACUCGAAAAAGGUUACAAGUGUAAAAUUUGUAGGUGACAGUGAUCUUGUUUUGACUGCUUCGGCUGACAAGACAGUCCGUGUGUGGCGGGACUCUGGGGAUGGGCAGUAUGCUUGUGGGCAUACGCUGAAUGAUCAUUCUGAAGAGGUGCGUGCUGUAACUGUGCAUGCCACAAAUAAAUACUUUGUGUCGGCGUCUCUUGACAGUACAUGGUGCUUCUACGAUCUUUCUUCUGGCUUAUGCCUUGCAAAGGUAGCAGAUGAUUCUGAGAAAGUGGAUUACACGGCUGCUGCUUUUCAUCCCGAUGGUCUCAUUCUCGGAACCGGUACUUCUCAAUCUGUUGUCAAGAUUUGGGAUGUUAAAAGUCAGGCAAAUGUGGCAAGGUUUGAUGGACACACGGGUGAAGUUACCUCUAUAUCUUUCUCCGAGAAUGGUUACUUCCUCGCGACUGCUGCCGAGGAUGGUGUUAAAUUGUGGGACCUGCGCAAGUUAAGGAACUUCAGGUCAUUCUCAUCUGCAGAUGCAAACUCUGUGGAGUUUGAUCCUAGCGGUUCUUAUCUUGGUAUUGCUGCAUCAGAUAUCAGACUAUACCAGACGGCGAGUGUGAAAGCUGAAUGGAACCUUAUCAAGACACUUCCAGACCUUUCUGGCACUGGUAAAGCUACAUGUGUGAAGUUUGGUCCAGAUGCACAAUACGUUGCAGUUGGCUCAAUGGACCGUAACCUACGGAUAUUUGGUCUCCCUGGUGACGAAAAAGCCAACGCGGAUGAUGACUCUGCACAAGACUCGUGAAGAAUCUGUUAGAAAACUCAGGCAGCAAAUUGCAAAUGUUCAUCUCUGGUUUACUCCUUGGAACCUCAACUUCUGUUGUAUCUUACAGUUUUGAAAGCAAUGGGGAGUUGUCAUAGUGGUUUCUUGGGUGCUUCGUGGAAACCCAAACGAUCACAAUUCGCGCACACUUGAAUUUUCUUACUCUGUUUCUCGAUCUAAUAUGUUCUCAUCUCUCU